UCAGAAUGACUUUGAGUUGGCGAACAGUUUACUAGUGGGAGUUUACGGAAAGGCGUCAUUCAUGUCCAUUUUUAUAUUGAAAAAGAUUCUAAGAGUUGUACCAAAAUGCUAAAGUUUCUAGCUAUAUUUAUAACGUGUACGCUGGUGGUUUUAUGCCAGGGUCACCCCGCUCCAGUGGACUAUGAUAAUUUAAUAACUGGAUGCCUAACCACGAACAACAUUAGCCUGGUCGAGUUUGCGGAAAAAAUUAAUAGAUCUUCCUCUGAAGAAGACGAUGACGAGCCCGUCGAGAGAAAAUACAAGUGCUUCUUCCAUUGUGUGGCCGAGAGGGGAGACAUUCUAGACUCCGGGGGUUACUUGGACGUGGAGAAACUGGAUGAAAUCGAAUCCUUGGACGAUCAUAAGAGGGAGGCUCUCUAUAGUUGCAAAAAACAACACGACGACGAGGAGGAUGGGUGUGAAUACGCUUAUAAAAUGGUCGUUUGCUUGGAAGAACUUUUGCCCCUAGAUGACGAAGAGGAAAUAACUACCAUAGCUAAUUAAAAUCAAAUACAGAAUCAAGCCAGAACUGGUUAAGCAAGUUGAA